GCGACAUUUGCCGAGCACCGCCGGCACCUUCACCUUCUCUCCAUGGCAAUUUGUCCAGAGGUGUGUCCUUUGUGGAAGAGGAGACGCCUGAGCAAGCUUCCGGGCAAACAUCUGAGAUGAAGCUGGUGGGAGGUGAUCCAUGGGAACCAUUGCAGAAAACCAACAAGGGUGGUCUUGGAGAAAUGGCCAGCCUGAGCUUCUCUCAGCUGCUGCACAUGGCCCGGACCAUGUACCGAGAGAAACUUCUCCAAGACUCACGGCAAUUGCUGCUGUCCGAAGCAGCACGUGAGCUCCUUGGUGAUGGCCAUGACAGCAUCGGCGAGUCAUGGAUGAGACAGCAGCUGGCAGUGAUGCGCGCAAAACAGGUCGGAAGCCUCAAUUCUCGGGCGAAAAGUGAGUUGGAAUCGCCGAAAUUCAUCCGAGCACUUCAGACCUUAUUUGAUCUCACUACGCGGCAGGUGAUCACCAGGGACAGACAAGGAAAAUUGCCGACGCGGCUCAAGGUGGUGAAAGCCAAAAGAUCAGUCAAUUUGGACGCGUACCGUGCCUACUACGCACGUCGGUCCGAGAUCGAAGCAUCAAUGGCUUCAAUGGCUUCGUUCUCACGACAUCCCGGACCUGGAGUACGGUUAGAUGACUGUCUCACCACAGGUCCUUCUGGCUGUUACCUGACCAGAGAGCUUCGUUCGCUUCAAGGUCUUUGGACAGACUCACAGAAUGCCCAGUGGCUGGUGGAGGGGAGCCAGGUCUUUCGCGUGGCCGCGCUGGCCGCGCAGUUCCUGGAGCCGGCGAAGGCGCAGCAAAUCUUUGCACUGGAAGAUCACUACGAGUUGAAACCCGAGAGUGCGCCCACAGAUCGCCUGAUAGAAGGCGAACACCAUGGACAGGCCUCUGAGGCUUCCAAGGCGCCCGCCCGAGGGCCCGCUCGGCCCGCUGGGGCCGCUGGGGCCCGUGGCACCGUGGCUGUGCCACAGUUUCUGAUUGAAGUGAAGAAACGUGUGAAAGAUGACGAUGAUGCAGAAGAGUCUCCGCAAGACAAAGCUCCUGUGAAGGAGAGAUGGCAUGGUUGGUUUGAUGAAUCAGGUGACCGAGUCAUGUGGUACAAAGAAAAAGGUGACAGAUCUCAGUGGACCCGUGGCGAGACCAUACAAGGCUUUUGGCGAGUCUUCAGCAGUUAUGUCCUGCUGCUGAACCCACGAGCUUUCCGAGAGGGGGCAGCCCUGCUUGAUGCAAAGAGCAGGCUUGGCCGAUCAGCCCGAAGAGGUUGCGCGUGGCUUGAAAGAGAGCUUCGACUUCUGCAGGACGAAGGGCAGUUCCUGGAUGAACGUCCUGACACAGACGAACCGUCGUUUGUGAUGCACUGGGUUGGAGAACUGUACCCAAUUUGGGUCAAAGAGUCAAACAAUGGCUUCAGCAUCAGCUCAACAACUUUCAAAGGCUUUGUGGACGCCGAUGGCACAGAGAUGUGCCUGGAACCCGUGCAGCGGCCGGCCAACUUCCAACCCAGGAGGACACUUCUGAGCAUGCGCACAACACAUGUGGUUCAGCCGUUUCUAUCGAAGAUAUGGGCUCAUCGUCAGUUGAUGUCAGCAGAGCUCAGUGUAAAGCAGCUCAGUUUGGCUGCCAACGAGCUGUGGCUCUUUCACGGCACUCGCGAGAGCGCGGCUGAGUGCAUCACGGAGAACGAAUUCCAGGUGCGCAUGGCUGGCAGCAACCGCGGCACGAUGUUCGGCCCGGGCAUCUACCUGGCCGACUCAGUUACCAAGAGUGACGAAUACACAGAUCCAGAUCCCACGGGCCUUCGGACCAUGAUCCUGUGCCGCUGCACAAUGGGCCGGGCUAUCCGACAAGAGGGUGGCGGCCGUGAAUGCAUGAAGGUCUGCCAAGCAGGAGGCUUUCAUUCUGUGAAGGGUCGCCGGGCAUAUAACGAAUAUAUUGUUUACGAUGAGAACCAGGUGUAUCCGGAGUACAUCAUUUGGUACCGACGCGUGUACAACAUCGAGUGAUGGUAGUUUUCUGAGGCCAUCUGCCAAGCAGACAAGGCAAAUCUAAGUCAUAAGACAAUGCAACGCGUUGCAACACGUAAAACAACACGUAAAGCAACACGUUGUUGAGCGGCUUCGAGGGCUUAGUGCAGAGGAUUCCCAGAAAACAUGCUGGGCCCGCAGCAAAGUGCAAAAAGGGAGGAAA